GUUGCACCAUCAUAAAGUGGAAAAAUCAUUAAAUCGAAUCAUCGUAGGUUGGGGACCGUCUGUACCUCUACAGGGUCUGCAGCAGUUCCUGGUGGGUGAGUCAUGGGCAAGUACCUGCUUUCACUAGGCUUGGGGGAAGUGAAUGGCCAGACAUUCCUUCUGGACGAGCCAUCUUGAUCAAGUUAUUUAAUUCUCUACAUCUCAGUUUACAGAUUUCUAAAACUUUAGAAUUGAGGAGAUGCUCCAUACUUCAGAUUCAACAGUUUGCAAAUCUACACAUCAUUAAUGCGCUAACUUUUGUUGUCAAGCUAAUUUUUUUUAAUCUGGAGAAACUUGAUAUACAAGCUACUGCUCUAAUGAAAUAACACAUACUGUAUGUAUACACUUUUCAAUAUAAGUCUCUUGGUUUAUCACCCAUUUCUUUCUUCUCAUUGCCAUAGCGUUUGUGGUUCUCAACACUGAUGGAUAACAGGACAGAAGUGAUGCAGUUCAUCUUGCUGGGACUAACCAGUGAUCCAGAACUGCAGGUUCCCCUCUUUAUCGUGUUCACCCUCAUCUACCUCAUCACUCUGGUUGGAAACCUGGGGAUGAUGGCGCUGAUUCUCUUGGACUCUCGUCUCCACACUCCCAUGUACUUUUUCCUCAGUAACCUGUCUCUGGUGGACCUUUGUUACUCUACAGCUGUCACUCCCAAGGUCAUGGCUGGAUUACUUAUAAGAGACAAGGUCAUCUCCUACAAUGCAUGUGCUUCUCAGAUGUUCUUUUUUGCAGCCUUUGCCACUGUGGAGAGUUACCUGUUGGCUUCAAUGGCCUAUGACCGCUAUGCAGCAGUGUGCAAACCCCUCCAUUACACCACCACCAUGACGACAGGUGUGUGUGCAUGUCUGGCCAUAGGUUCCUACACCUGUGGUUUCCUGAAUGCCUCUAUCCACACUGGAGACACGUUCAGUCUCUCCUUUUGUAUGUCCAAUGUGAUUCAUCAUUUUUUCUGUGAUGUGCCUGCAGUCAUGGUUCUUUCUUGCUCUGAUAGACGUGUCAGUGAGCUGGUUCUUGUUUAUGUAGUGAGCUUCAACAGCUUUUUUGCUCUCAUGGUCAUCUUGAUUUCCUACAUAUUCAUAUUUAUCACCAUCCUAAAGAUGCACUCAUCUACAGGAUAUCAGAAGGCUUUAUCUACCUGUGCUUCUCACCUCUCUGCAGUCUCCAUCUUCUAUGGGACAGUCAUUUUUAUGUACUUACAGCCCAGUUCCAGCCGUUCCAUGGACACAGACAAAAUGGCAUCUGUGUUCUACACCAUGGUCAUCCCCAUGCUGAACCCUGUGGUCUAUAGCCUGAGGAACAAAGAAGUUAAGAGUGCAUUCAUAAAGGUCGUUUCAGAGACAAAAUUAUCUUUAAGAUUGUGA